GCCGUCACUUCUAAAUAUGGUAGCGCCUUCUCCUCGGCCCGCCCCUCUUUGUUGGCUGGACCAAUGGGAAGCCGCCGAACGUUGGUGGAUGCCGGGGAUACGAGCAACAGAGAGAUUCGGGAGAACAGUCGGUAGCUAGUGGGACCGUUUUAUCCCAGUGAUUUAAUCAUGUGAGGGACUGAAGAAGCGCUUAUUUUAUCAACAUGGAGGAGGAUUUUCUGAAGAGGUAGUUUAUACCGAGGCGCCGCACAGGCUGCUGACGGGGAGGAAUGCACCGAGGAGGUCAUUUUCCCGGACUGGGGUGGUGGGAGGCAACGGCCCCCGCAGUGUUGUGAGACCGAAGAUAGAAGAGCAGUGUCAGCUAGCUAGCAAAACCAAAAGGACUUCCGGGUGGGAUUUUCAAAAUAAAAAAAGCUCGGACGAGAACUACAUUCGUUUGGUUAAGGUUUCUAAUGCUGUGCCCUUACCGAUGCUCUUAGAACCAGUACACAUGAAGAAGUAAGGGGCUCAUGAGUUUGCCGCAACGAUUCGUAGUACUUAUUCUUAAUAUACGCAAGAACGACAAACCUAUUGCUUUUACUUUGAAUGGAACCAAUUGUAUUUUCAACCCAACGGCCGUAAGCUCUUGCUAGCUUGACAUAUACAAGAAGGGGUGAAGUUACAAAGCCUCCAACCAAAACAAGACUUCACACAGCCUGUGAUGGACAACGACGCCUUGUUAUGAAUGGGACCUACCUCGUCUCACUGUGUGUUUAUCGAGUCAAAUGCCUUUUAAACCGGAGGGUUCGUCGUUUAUUUGAAAUCGGAGUCCCGGUGGAAAACACGGUUUGCCCUUGAAAAUCAAAAUGUACUGCCCAACACUGACAAACAAGGAGAGGCUCUCGUAGCUGGGGAAGGAUUCCCUGCCCUGACUUUUCCUCCUCUUCUUGGCCCUCCUGGGAUCAAUGACUGGCCCCAACUCCCCAAGCCGGGCCGGCACCUCCCCGGCCAAGCUGAGCAGGCACGGCCGGUCAAAGAGCACCAGCUCGCACUGCCUCCUCCGCUGCAGCACCCAGGAGGAAUCCUCAGCCUCCCCACCUAAUAACAGUUCCCGGUCCCCAGGAGAAGAAGAGGAGAAGGAUGGAGGAGUUCUUUUCUAUGUCAACCGGACUGGUUUUCCCAUUGAAAGCAUCACCUGGGAGAGGAUGUGGUCCCAUGUGGCUGCCGUGCACCCCGAGGGACAGGAUAUGGUGGAUAGGAUACGCAAUGCUGCAUACCUCCCCAAGCAUCCUGUUCCCUCGGUCCCGACCUUCAGACCGUCUAUGUCGGUCCCAGACUGGCUGGUGGCCAUCCAGAACUACAUGAAGGCUCUGCAAUACAACCAUACAGGAACCCAGUUCUUUGAAAUCAAGAAGAGCCGGCCACUGUGUGGGUUAAUGGAGACAGCAAGAGAGAUGAUCAGGGAGUCUUUGCCAAUCAAAUGCCUUGAGGCGGUCAUCUUAGGGAUCUACCUGACGAACGGGCUGACGUCUCUUGAGCGUUUCCCCAUCAGCUUUAAGACUCAGUUUUCGGGCCACUGCUUCCACCAUGUCGUGCUGGGCGUCUACUGCAACGGCCGCUACGGAUCGCUGGGCAUGAGUCGCCGCCAGGACCUGAUGGACAAACCACUGACCCACCGCACACUGGGAGAACUGGUGGCUGAGUUUGAGAGCUCCUACAAGAGAUACCAGCACACUCUGAAGAAGGUGAAGAUCGGCCUGUAUGUGCCUCAUGACCCCCACGUCUUCCAGCCAAUCGAAUGGAAGCAUUUGGUGCUGAAUGCUGCCAGACUGGGAGCUCAGGAGAUGAGGAAGGAGCUGGAGAAGCAUGGGCGGGACAUGAGGAUGAAGAUCCUGAAAUCAUCCAGCGCCCAGUCACCAAUCAAAGAGCGGAGCCGGGGAAAAUCCUUAUCACCACGGCGGCGACAGAGCAGUCCCCAGCGACGCUUCACACACCGCAGAGACAAAUCGCCGGCCUCGGUGGAGAGGAAACCUCCGGAGCUCAGCACUCUCAACGACGGCUACCAGAUCCGCAUCUGAUCCCCUCCCCUCACCCCCAGGACACUGUCAUCCCCUCCCACAUCCGUCCAGAUGUCUCCACCACCCUGAUCCAAGAGUCUCCAACAGCCACCAGCGUUUUUAGGAGAGGAGUCCCUGCAGCUUUGACACAGUCAAGGUGGAUGAUAAACACACAAAAUAUAUGUCAAGAGCUUUUCUGACCUUUAACAGGAAGAACUUCUUUGAAGCUGAGACUCUGGUCUGGUUUUCAUACUUCAAGGUGUUUACCUGUAGCAUUGGAUCCUCGACAACAACUUAUCACACACAGCCGGAGAGUGGCCGCUUCUUUUUUUAACACUUACACAUUUCAGCCAUGUAACUGAAACACUUAACCUCUGAUGUAGAAGUAUAAGAAGUGAUCACUUCCACCACUGAAGUCAUGUGGUGGUAAGAAAUUAAAGGUUGAUCGCCGUCGUGUCCUGACAACAUGUUAACAGUUGGUUCUGUGACCCCUCAGAGACUGUGUCUUAGAGAAGAGCUAAAACAGGAAGUGAGACAGAAGAAAAACUAGAUACUUAAAGAGAUAAUUUGCCAUGUUGGAAGAGUCACAACAAAAAGAUGCUAACCUCUCUUUGCACAAAACAAAACUAAGAAAAGAUACAUUUAUUGGUGCCAGUUUAAUAGCACAAUUAGACUGCUGAGAAUUUAGGCAGUUAAUAUGUUUUGAGGCAAUUUUCAUUUUGUUGUCCGUUCUCCAACAUGUGGUGGCGUUCGUAGAGGCUGGAGGCUACAGGGAGGCAACAUGAGAUCAGAAGGAAACAGGACAUUAGCAGGUGUAGCUGUUAUCCCACUUUAAUCUCAAACACCUGUGGAACCACUGCGGCCCCUCAGCCUCGUCUUUAAGAGGAAGAUCACUGAAGUAAUGUUCUAGUUACACUUUGACUUUCCUGAAACCUUUCCGAAACAACAGCAGUUUAAAUAAGAUGACUAAGUAGACUUCUAUAUGUGGAGGGUAUUGAUCAGAGCGGAUGAGUUUAGAAUGAGGAGAGGACGUUCAAUAAAGUAUGCAAGGCGAUCAAAGACGCAGAGUCGAUAGAGUGGAAACAGGAGGAUAAAACAGAGGAAGAGGAGGAGGAGAGGGGGGACGAGUGAGGAGAGUCGGGGAGGAUUCACUGCAGAUCAGAGAAUCAUCAUUAGGACACUGCGGCAAACCUCUCUCUCCCUCUCUCUCUCUCUCUCUCAUUCCCUCUUCUCCUCCUCCUCUGCCCUCUGUUGACACAUUAACUGAAUAUAUAUCCACAGCUCUGUUUCCAUCCAAGCUUUCAGAACGACAGAAAGAAACUCCUCAGCUGAAAAAUCUCAAGAAUGGAUUCAUCUUGCACUCAAAGUUAUUGCUCCUUGGUGUUUCCAGCCAGUGGUCACAAUGGUUCAUGCUAAACAGGAAGACAGAACAGCACUUUAACAAGAGGAAAGAACUGAAACAUUGAUCAUUCAAAGUCCUGAUCAUUAGUUACUUAACAGAUUGAUUUCUAUUGUUAUGUAUUGUGUAAUUGCAACAGAAAACAUCAGCUGUGGGAUGGAAAAACAAGCUGUAGGAAGUAUGUAUGAGAGGACUGAUGUCUGUAUUAAAAAUGAUGUUAAACUUCCACAAACAAUCUAGACCAGUGGUUUCCAACCUGGGGGUCAGGAUGAGGAAGAAUCUGACGGGUCACCAGUUGAUUAAAGGAAAGAAAAAGUUGCAGAAAAGUUGCCUCAUCAUCUUAAUUCACUGGUGACCCACUCAGAUUUUUCUUGAGACUCCUUUAGGUGUCUCAGUCCCCAGGUUGGGAACCGCAUGCUUUAGAUAAAUAUGAAGGAUAGUCAACUGCAACACAGUUAUAUGUAAUAGAAAGGGCAUAAACAGUUUUGAUAGUUUGACAUGUGAAUGAAAACACACGGCUUCAUGUGAUGUACUGUGUGAGCAGAAGGCCAGUGGAGUCUCAUACGUGUUGACCGAGCUCAGCUCAGUAAACCAACAUACUGUUCGCCGUCUGGCUGCAGCCACCACAGCUGUUGCAUUAACAGCUGGAAAAUAAAAUGACUCAGCUGGUCCAAGCUCAGCUGCAGCCAGUUUGUCCACUCGGACAAACAGUGAGCGAAGGCAGAUGUUGUUGGCCGAGUGAACGCUCUGUAACAAAAGCCUGAUUCAGGACACAUUAAUUUGACACGAGGGAUGAACAGCAGAUAUUAAAGUGAGGACUGUGGGGUCAGGAUCCUCUGAGGGCUCUAAUGUGAUCUUGUUGGUCACAAAUAAAAAUGUGAUUUAGAGUCAAAGGACACGACCGUAAGUCUGUGACAUGAGAGUGAUGUGUCGACCUGAAACAUCACAGAGGUCAAAGUGUUUGUGUUUAAAGGAGUCUUUCAAUCAGUAAAUCAUAUUUUCAGUUCAACACAGGAGACAAAUGAGAGUCAGGAAACCCCGUAAGUUCUCAGAGCAGCUCGAUGAAUCGUCUUUUCGCUCUGUGAAGCUUCGGUACCAAGUGACCUACGAGAGUCCUUUCAGUACUGUAUGCACUGUUUCACGCUCAUACGCGUGACGUAUCAUAAGGAUUGUCCAAAAGGCAAAUCAGAGUUAAAAUUUGGUUGGUUUUUUUGGACUCUCCUGUUGAGGCCUUCGAUGAAUCGCAGCUGAGAAGCUUGAAAUCAAAGAAGCUUGAAAUCUCACGUGUCCAGUAUGAUAUUCAGAGAUGAUUUUAACCAUUCUGAUACAACACAUACAAUGUCACAUAUCAAAGCCAGAGAUCAAACAGUAUUCACUUCUUAUCACACAACAUGGAAACCUGAAAUCAGAACACAUUAUUCAUGUUAUGUCCACAGAAUGUACUGUACUGUUUUAAGCCGUUUUAAGGAAAGAUAUGGACAACAGUUGACACUUCCCCAACCACUUCUACUCACAGAGUUAAGGGGAUAAAUGCCUUGCUCAAAGGCAUCUUGAGGGUAGCUAUCAGGAGAAGUAAACUAAAAGUAUUUAGAAAAAGGCUAGCCCGCUAAAAGUUAAGGCUACUUAGAACUGAAUUGAUGAUACAACUGAAGAACAACAACUGACUUCUGCAGUUUUCAUCUGAAGGAUUAACAUAAAAGAAACUGGUGUUUCCCAAAACCAAGUGUGAAGGUGAUCACCAGGCAUUCUAAGACAUUUCCUGACUAAAAUGGUUUCUGGGUUUCUGGUGCAGCUUUAGCUUUGGCUCUAAUGGAGCGAAAACGAUCUCACGUAUCUGUAAAAUUUUGGAAAAAACAAAACAGCCUUGACUUUAGUUGUGGUCUAUUCAAUCAUCAGCAGGAGGAUUUCAGAAGUCUGUGUUUCAUUUGAUUGUUUUAUCACUUUUCUUUGAAUGUUUCUCGGUGUCUUCUCACUCACAGAACAAGUGUGUUUUGUUGCCAACUGAAAACUACAAACAUUGCAUCUUAGCUUUUUGGUUAAACAAUAAGCUAUGCACACGCUGUGUUGGAGAACAGAUUGUGAUUAAAAAAAAAAUCCUAGUCUUCCACAGUUCAAACGACGAUGGUGGAAGGUGUUUGUGGCUCAGUCUGCACAAAAACAAACCACAUUUUCAACCAUUACAGAAACAACUCUUGAUCAUUUAGAAUAAUUGUACUUGCCAAGUACGACCAGGACCACUCUGUAGCUUAACUAAACCUACAGCAUUCUCUCUGUGUAGAUUCAGCCUGAGCCAUUAUCACUGAUUCAAGGUGCUGUGAGAAAAAGCAGAAUAUUUUUACAUAUUUCUGAUGUGUGGCCAGCAGUGGACCAUAGCACAGCCCAGAGAGAGAUCUGACUGUCACAUCUCCAACUCUGGCACAAACCAACCAGCUCAACAUGAUCAAAUAUUUGUACUGAAAGUUACGUGUUGAUACUUUCUAAAGGCUUCAUUUUUGUUAGCAUUCAAAAAAAAAAAAAAAAAGCACAAAGCUGCUUUGCUUUUCCAGUAUUUAGCCCUUUUUCUCACCGGUGUUGUGGACAAACAAAAGUAAAGAAAUGAAGCAUUUUCAUACUGAAGAAGCAACAUAUCUUGGAGUACAUUUUUCUGACUGAUGUUCAUGUAUUUUUGGAACUAUACAGAGAUUCAACAGUUUCCAAGGGCCUAAAAGUUUGCUAAUAACUCUGGAUGCACAAAUGACUGUGAAGACUUUGGAUUCAAAAGACAAACAUCACAACUGCAGAUCUGGAGGUUUUUUACCCAACAAUGACAAACUACCUGACUGCUCAGUGGGGACACAGAAACACAAGCUGCCACGCUAAGUGUGACCGGAGACAAAAACAAAACAACAGCCCAAAACAGUAAUAACUCGAUGUAGCAACUGAGUUUGCAAUAGAGACUUCUGUGCUUGACAAUUUAUCUUUCUGAAUGUUUUCUUUUUGUUUUUUUGUUUUUUUUAAUAAGAUUAUCUUUGGAGUUUUGCAUUCUCAAAUCUGUUUUAUCAUUUGGGUUUGAUUCUUUGAUUGUACACUAUGAUUUUGAAUGAGAAGCAUUUGUUUGAAAAGAAAAAAAAACACCUUGUAUUUGUAGCAGGUGUUUUUCUAAGGCCUUUGUUUCCAAAGUGCUGAACCAUGUUUCUCAGCUCCAUCCAAGUCCUAAACUCCCUGUACUGUGAAAUGUUCUGUGGUCUGUUGUAAAAUCAGAGAUUAAUACAGCAACCUUUAACUGGACACAAAUUUGACAACACAAAGAUCUGAAAUCUCUGAUGUGGCUGCAAUUUCAAUAAUAUAAUUUUCAGAUUUUAGAUCAAAAAGUGUCCUGUUGUAUAUGAUAACACAAAUGAAAAAGAUAUUUAAAUUUUUGCUGGACAAAAAAAAUUUACAUUUUGUAUUUGUGCACUGCGGCUGCUGAAUUGACAGAAAAUAUUUAUCUACACAUAUCUAGACAAUAUUUGAAAUAAAGAAUUGAUGGAUAUGAAAUUGUGCCCAUGUGAAGCUUCCAGUGCCUCAGCAGUGUUGCUUUAAUCAGACUGAAACAUCUUUAUUUAAUGUGUGACUUUGUGUCUGUACUGUGUUGUCUGGAGGAGAAAAAAAUUUGCCGAUUCUGCAGUCGUAUCUGCCACUGAACAAAGAUACAGUUCUUUGUUAAAGGUGUCAUUCACACUUGCUACUACUACCUUCUUAUUUUGUUUUCUUGUUCGACCAUGUUCUGUGACAACAAACGUAGUUUAGUUUCCCUUCUUCUCGCCUGUUUCUGCGAAAUCUUUUGCUUGUUACAAAGUUUGAACCGCAGACAGAUUUGCUCUGUGCUGUGAGGGACAAAGGGAACGGACAGUCAGCCUUCUAUCAGACUCUGAGAAAUUCAGUCUGUGUGAUGUGUUUGUGAUGCUCUGCGGGAAUCAAACCCCCGACCACUGUAACAGUAUUCAGCCAGCAGACUGACAAAUCAGACUGAUGAACACACACACAGCCCUGAAGAGCUGGCUCACACACAAACACACACAUUGAUGUUAGUAUUAUCAAUAUUUUUAUUGAGCGCUGUUGAGUCCGUCCAAGUUUCCUGUGUGAGAAAACGGUGUGGUUUUGUAUUCCUGUGGAGAUCUGUAGUAGGAGAAGAUGUGACCCCCCAGUCAAUAUUAUUAUUGUAACUCUCCUACUGUUACAGUAUCAGUGGUCUGGCAGCAGCUGUUUUUAUCAACAACUGUAGCAGCAUGUGUUCUUUUAAUAAAUGAUCUAUGUUUUUAA